AGAAAAAGAUUUAAUAACUUAAGUCUGUAAAUUAAAAAGAGAGAGAGAGAGAGUUGUCUUGUUGAAUCUCGAGCGAUCUGCUUCACGAUUACUUUCUAGUCUUUGAGUAAAAUCAAAGGGGAAGAUGUUGGAGAAGAUCGGGUUACCAGCGAAGCCAUCUCUGAGAGGAAGCAGCUGGGUCGUCGAUGCUUCUCAUUGCCAAGGAUGCUCUUCUCAGUUUACUUUCAUCAAUCGCAAGCAUCAUUGCCGGAGAUGUGGGGGCUUGUUCUGUGGUAGCUGCACUCAGCAAAGAAUGUCCCUACGUGGACAAGGUGACACACCUGUUCGUAUAUGUGAUCCAUGUAAGAAACUUGAAGAAGCUGCCCGCUUUGAGUUGCGUCAUGGCUACAAAAACAGAGCUGCUAAAGCAGGUGGCUCUAAAAGGACCUUAAAGAAUGAGGAUGAUGUUCUCAGUGAGAUUCUUGGAUCUGAUGCUGAUGUAUCUUCUUCAUCCGAAUCAGUUUCUAGCACAGACAGGGUUACAUCUAAGGAAAUGGGAAGCAGCAGUAGCAACAAAGAUAUGGAGUUGGAUGCUGUGUCAGCUACCCCUGAGGAGUUGCGUAAACAAGCAGUUGAAGAGAAGAAUAAGCACAAAGCUCUUAAGAAAGAAGGGAAGUCUGAGGAAGCUCUGAAAGCCUUUAAGAGAGGGAAGGAACUUGAGAGAGCUGCAGACGCACUAGAGAUUUCCUUGAGGAAGGAGAGGAAAAGGGCACUGUCCAUGCGAGAUGUUACUGAGACGCAGAACAAGGCUGCUACUAAAGAAUCUAGCAAAUCACAAAAGCCUGCACGUAAAGAUGAUUUGGCAGCUGAGCUGAGGGAUCUCGGGUGGUCUGAUGAUGAAGAUAAGAAGCCAGCUACUGUAAGUGUUGAGGGUGAGUUUUCGUCUCUACUCCGUGAACUCCCUGGAAGGAGUAACCCACAGAAGAGUGGGGGAAUCGACAAGAGUCAGGUUAUUGCCAUUAAGAAAAGGGCACUUGCACUUAAACGUGAAGGUAAGCUUGCAGAAGCUAAAGAGGAGCUGAAAAGAGCUAAAGUUUUGGAGAGGGAGAUUGAAGAGCAGGAACUUUUGGGUGGAGCUGAUGAAUCAGAUGAUGAGCUCUCUGCGCUUAUUAACAGUAUGGAUGAUGACAAAGAAGAUGAUCUGUUAGCUCAAUAUAAGGGAAACCAUGAUUUUGACUUUGGUAACCUUGUGGGAACUGUAGACGAUAUUGGACUUGUUGGUGAAUUUGAUGUCACAGAUGAAGAUUUGGAGGAUCCAGCAAUUGCUGCUGCGUUGAAAUCUUUGGGUUGGACCGAGGAUCCUGGUCAUCUUGACAAUGUCCAUUCUAAAUCUUCGCCUAACCAUAGAGAAGAACGUUUAGCUGAAAUCCAGGCAUUGAAAAGAGAGGCUCUUACUCUAAAACGAGCUGGAAACGCUGCAGAAGCCUUGGCUACACUGAAGAAGGCAAAAUUACUUGAGAAGGAACUAGAGCCUGCUGAUAAGUCCUCUGAAACUAUAGAUACGACUAGGGAAGAGAAGGACAUGACCCUGAAACAUCCUCCCCGGAGCAGGCUUGCUAUCCAGAGAGAGCUUCUUGCAGUGAAAAAGAAAGCGCUUGCUUUGAGAAGGGAUGGAAAGGUUAACGAAGCUGAAGAAGAAUUGAAGAAAGGAGCGGUUCUCCAAGAGCAGCUUGAAGAGCUGGACAAUUCGUCAAAGCUAGCUGCGGCAGGAAAAGCUACUCGUGAGAAAAGAGAUCCUGGUAAUGAUAUGCCUGAUAUUUCUAUUAAUUCUAUGGAUGAUGAUGGAGAGGUAGAUGUAAAAGAUGAAGAAUUAAAUGAUCCGAGUUACCUCUCAAUGCUUAAUAGCUUAGGCUGGAAUGAUGAAGAUAAUAAUCCUUUGGAAGAUUCAUCAGGAAGAGUUGAACCUGUUAGUUCUCGACCAGUGAAAAUAACAAAACCAAGAAGAAGUAAAGGUGAAAUACAACGAGAACUCUUAGGGCUGAAAAGAAAAGCUUUAACUUUGCGGCGACAAGGUAAUGUUGAUGAAGCAGAGGAAGUUCAAAACCAGACAAAAAUAUUGGAAGCCGAGAUGAUGGAGAUUGAUUCAGGCAAGAAUCUUAAUGCUGACGGUAAUCAGCCAAAGAAAACAUCCACUGAUAGUGAGAUGAAUGUAGAAGAUGAUAGCGUUACAGAAAAUGAUAUGAAGGACCAAGCACUAUUGUCAACUCUUAAGAAUAUGGGAUGGGAGGGUGAAGAACCGAAGAAACAAGAAGCUGCUGCCUCUAGCUCUAUGAAGUCUAGUGGUCCACGGGUGGCAGCCAAAACAAAGGGACAAAUCCAAAGAGAACUUUUAGACUUGAAAAGGAAAGCACUUGUUUUCAAGCGUCAAGGGAACACUGGAGAGGCUGAGGAAUUAUACAGUAAGGCCAAAGUGUUGGAAGCACAGCUAACAGAAUUGGAGACCCCCAAGGAUGAGCCAAUGGAUGAAGCUUUUAGAGAUCAGCAGUCUGAGACGAAAGUCUCAGCUUCUACCGUCAAUCCUACAAACUACAUGGAUGUUGAUUUAUUAGUUGGAUCUCAAAUGGAGGACAAGUUAGUCAAAUCUGCUAGUGCUUCUCAUACUGCACAAGGUAGUUAUGACUUAUUAGGAGACUUUAUCUCUCCUGCUAAAUCUGAUUCCUUAAGCACGCAUGAGAUGACUGAAAGUAGACUUGUUUCUCAAUCGGGCCAGCAACAAACAAGUAUGAUGGAUUUGCUGACUGGUGAGCACUGUGAGAGGUCUCAAAUUCCAGUAGAAAAAGGAAAAGCUGAGACCAAGUCAGAGUUUGGUGUAGGAAACAAACAGAACAAGUCAGAGUCAGCACAUGGUAGUAUUCAACCAGCUUCUGUUCAAAAUACAUCUCCUCAGAACACACUUAAGCAAGAAAUUCUUACUCAUAAGAGAAAGGCACUUGCUUUAAAGAAAGAAGGAAAGAUAAGUGAAGCUAAAGAGGCAUUGCUACAAGCAAAAUUGUUGGAGAGGAGACUACAAGAAUCAGGAAAAGACCCUUCUCCUGAAAAACUCGGACGAGAUGAUUUGGUUUCUGCAACGCUUCCUCCUCCUACACGAGAGAAAGAGAUUAGUCCUUCAAGUUCAGCCCAAAAGCCAAUGUCUAGCCGUGAUCGUUUUAAGCUGCAGCAAGAGUCGCUAAGCCACAAACGUCAAGCCAUGAAGCUUCGUAGGGAAGGUAAGAUGCAAGAAGCUGAAGCUGAGUUUGAAAUUGCCAAAACUCUUGAAGCUCAGUUAGAAGAUUCAUCAUCCUCGAAAUCAGAACAAGUGGACGAUGUAGCAGUGGAAGAUUUUCUCGAUCCUCAACUCUUGUCUGCCCUCAAGGCUAUCGGACUAGACAGUUCUGUGAAUCUGCCGGUGAGUAAGGCGGACACGGCACAAGCUGUUCCAAAACCAGUGCGUGAAUCUGUGAAAGCGAGUCCAGCCAAGGAGAGUGAUAAUAACCAAGAGAGAAGUCAGCUGGAAGAACGCAUCAAAGCAGAGAAGAUAAAAGCGGUAACACUGAAACGUUCAGGGAAACAAGCUGAGGCAUUAGAUGCUCUUCGAAGAGCAAAACUCUAUGAAAAGAAACUAAAUGCUCUUGCGUAGAAUUGACUCAACUCUCCAUUUAGUUGGAUAUUUGUAACAACCUAAAUUUUGCUCUAGUGUUUAUCAGGUUGGUAAACUGGUGAGAGCAUAAUAAAUCAUGAAAAAAACACAAGACUAGAUUAUUUGUGAGAGUGGAUGAUGUUUUAUUAUUAAAAUAAAUUUAAGUAUAUGGUAAACUAUAAGAUUUGGUUUAUUAGAGAUCCAUCGUUUUUUUUUUUUGAAACACA